AAAAAGGAAGAAGAUAAAUAAAAGAAAAGAAAAACACAAACGUCACUUUUUAGAUUCCCCCAAACCACUUCCCGCAAUCCCUAACCCCUUCAUCAGUGAUCCCGUUUCUCUACUGUCGCCGCGAUUCAUAUUUUCCGGCCAGCGAACUUCACAUUCUUCUUCCUCGGCCGUCGUCUCCAUUGACCCCGGAUUUUGAAGCAUAAGAAAAGAAGUGUCAAGGAUUGACCAUUCCAACGAAUUGUCCACGUAGCCUAUCUGGGUUGCGAACUAUAAUUGAGGCAUAGGAAGCGUCUGUGCUAGGCAGACACUAUAUGGGGAUAAUCUGUUACUUGUAAAGUCCAAGAAUGAAUGCUUAUUAAGGACUCAGUUAGCUGAUCUGCCAUUAUAGGGUUCCACUCUCUGGUUGUUAUUGGCUUGGGAAAGGACAAAGUCGCUUCACUUCAAAGUAGGCGUGCAAUGGAAUUGAAUGCUAACGAAUCCACAGCAAGGAAAAUAAACCCUAGGAAGGUGGAUAUCGGUGGUAAACCUUUCAUACUCAUCAUUUGUGGCAGCCUCGUUUACUACCACUGUGCCUAUCGGAAUUCUAGUCUUGUCUCUCUCAUCUCAGACGUCUUUAUUGUACUCCUUUGUUCCCUUGCCAUUCUCGGACUCCUCUUUCGCCAGAUGAACAUCUCGGUACCUGUGGAUCCUCUUGAGUGGCAGAUCUCUCAGGAUUCUGCCAACGGGUUUUUUGCCUGCCUCGCCAAUACUAUCGGUGCUGCUGAGUCUGUUCUUCGGGUUGCUGCUACUGGCCAUGAUAAGCGCUUGUUCUUUAAGGUUGUAGCUGCUCUGUAUGUGCUAUCAUCUCUGGGAAGGAUAGCGUCGGGUGUUACCAUUGCCUAUGCUGGACUCUGCUUUCUUUGCAUUUAUAUGCUUGCUGAGAACUUGCAACUGAUUAGCUCGAGGCAUCCAAGGAGAAGGGACUGCACGAACACAAUUCAGGACGACUAAAUUGAUUUGAUCUGUUUCAGAGGGGUCAAAGGAAGGAGUCGAUGCAUUAUUUGCAUUUCUUGCUUCCAGUUUUGCCAGGUUCAUCACGUGUUUUUGUCAUAUUAAUGUGAAUUCUCUUUCUACUCAUGUCUGCAGCCUUGUGAUUUCCUUACAUGUCCCUGUAAUAUAUUCCCAGUUCCAUGAUGAUUGUCUCCGCAGUUAACAAGGAGACAUGAUAUAAUUUGUAGAAAAAAGAAAAGAAAACACUUGUGAUGUCAAUUGAAAGCUAAGUAUUUAAAUU